AUGCAGCGCCCUCAAACAUACGGCCAGUCGCCUCCUCUGCACCACCCCGUACCCCAGCAUGUCUCGACCGUUCCCCAGCUGCGCUCGCCGCCUCCCCCAGUGUCGCAAACGCAAUCGCAGCAAAGCUACGGCAGCCCGUACCAGCAGCAGGGCGGCUCAAGCGGAAACGUCUUUGGCGCAUACGGACAGUUCAUGAAUGACCCUACGGCGCAAGUUGCAGCACAAUUCGGGCAGACGGCCUUCAAGCAUGGUCAGGAGUACAUGGAACAGAACUUUAACCGAUACGUCAACGUAAAUGCCCUGAAGCACUACUUCAACGUCUCCAACUCCUAUGUCAUCAACAAGCUAUUCCUCGUCCUCUUCCCCUGGAGGCACAAGCCAUGGUCGCGCAAGCAGUCCGUGGGACCCAGCGGCCAGGAGGGUUGGUACCUGCCGCCGCGCGACGACAUCAACAGCCCCGACAUGUACAUCCCCGUCAUGGCGGUUGUGACAUACAUCCUCCUGUCCACCCUCAUCGCCGGUCUCCGUGGACAGUUCCAGCCGGAGCUCCUUGGAUACACGGCGUCAACGGCCCUCGUCAUCGUGGUGGCUGAGAUUUUGGGCCUCAAGCUGGGUUGCUAUCUGUUGGGCAUUUCGAACGAUUCGCAGCUCUACGACCUGAUCGCGUACUCUGGCUACAAGUUUGUCGGCAUUAUUGUGACCGUUGCCGUGGCGGAGAUCUUUAACGGGGGCCAGGGCACCGGCGGCUGGGUCGGGUGGUCGGUGUUCAUUUACACCUUCCUGGCCAACUCCCUGUUCCUGAUGCGCUCUUUGAAAUACGUCCUGCUUCCUGAGAACUCGGCGAAUGGUGCCGGUCCUAUGCAGACUGGCGAUUCCCGGGCGAAGCGAAACCAGAGGACACAGUUUCUGUUUUUCUAUUCAUACAUCGUCCAGCUGCUCUUUAUGUGGAUCCUGUCUAGACCUUAA